ACAGUUCUCCUUCCCCUUUUCCCCGCCGCCGGGCUUCCUGCCCUUUCGCGGUUCGGUGGCCUCUCUGCUCGAGAGAGGGACGCAGGCGGGGAGGAGGGAGGCUGACCCACCUCUCCCAAGUGCCAUUGCACCCACCGCAGCAGCAAAACUUCUGAAGGUUUGGGGAAGAUAGAAAACUACCAAGGAGUACGUUAGCAGUAUAGUAAUUUUCACUGAUUGAACUUUACAAGUGCCAAUAUGUAUCAUUCCUUUUCUGAAACAAGACAUCCUUUGCAGACAGAAGAACAAGAAAUCGGCAUUGAUCCCUUGCAGAGCUUUGUGAACAAGCCUGAAGAUGAUGUGUCAAAUGAAAAUGGAAGUAUUCAUCACAGUUCAGAUUCUGAUGGAACUUUUCUUUCCUAUAGUAAAGAAUGGGAAGAAUUAUUUGUAAACAACAAUUACUUGGCAACAAUACGGCUGAAGGGGAUUAAUGGGCAGCUGAGAAGCAGCAGGUUCCGUAGUGUUUGCUGGAAGCUAUUUCUGAAUGUUCUGCCUCCUGAUAGAAGUCAAUGGAUCAGCAAAACAACAAAAUUAAGAACACAGUAUAACAAGAUUAAAGAAAUACAUAUUACAAAUCCCAGGAAAGCUGGACAGCAAGACUUGAUGAUCAACAACCCACUUUCACAGGAUGAAGGGAGUCUCUGGAACAAGUUUUUUCAAGACAAAGAACUGAGAGGAAUGAUUGAACAAGAUGUGACAAGAACGUUUCCUGAAAUGCAGUAUUUUCAGCAAGAGAAUGUGAGAAAGAUCCUUACAGAUGUUCUCUUUUGUUAUGCUCGGGAAAAUGAGCAGUUACUUUAUAAACAGGGCAUGCAUGAACUCUUAGCACCUAUUGUAUUCAUUCUUCAUUGCGACCACCAAGCUUUUCUACAUGCAAAUGAAGCUGCACAACCAAGUGAAGAAAUGAAAGUUCUCUUGAACCCUGAAUACCUAGAGCAUGAUGCCUAUGCCAUGUUUAUCCAUCUUAUGAAAACGGCAGGACACUGGUUUUCAACCUAUGAACAUGAUGGUCAAAAGGAGAAAGACACAAUGAUGACAUCUAUCCCGUUUGCCAGACCACAAGAUUUAGGUCCAUCAAUUGCUAUUGUAGCAAAAGUAAACCAGAUUCAAGAUCAUUUGUUAAAGAAGCAUGAUACAGAACUCUACAUGCAUUUGAACAGGCUAGAGAUUGCUCCACAGAUUUAUGGACUGCGAUGGGUAAGACUUCUCUUUGGACGAGAAUUUCCCCUUCAAGAUCUUCUUGUUAUCUGGGAUGCAUUGUUUGCUGACAGCAUCACCCUGGACUUAGUUGACUACGUUUUCUUAUCUAUGUUGCUAUACAUUAGAGAUGCCUUGAUAUCAAGUAAUUAUCAGACCUGUUUGGGACUUUUGAUGCAUUAUCCACCUAUUGGAGAUGUACACUCACUCAUCUUGAGAGCUCUUUUUCUCAGAGACCCGAAGAGAAACCCAAGACCAGUGAUUUACCAAUUCCGACAAAAUUUAGAUUAUUACAAAGCGUGUGGAGCAGACUUGAUGAAUAAAACUCGUGUUGGUGCUAAGGUUGCACCACUGAACAUAAAUAAAGUUUCCAAUAGUUUACUAAAUUUUGGCCGAAAGCUGAUUUCCCCAGCCUUGGUUCCAGGGAGCACUACAGUGCCAGUUGCAGGUAGCAGCAGCUUUCCUUCUUCUUCUGCAGUUCCUAUUAGGAGUGCAAUGGACCUCCCACAACAACAGCAGCAACAGCAAAGAAUGAUGAAAUCUGAAAGUAUGCCAGUUCAACUAAAUAAAGGAGAUAUAGUUACAGGCAGUGAUGCCCAAGGGUUGGUUCCUGUCCAGAACCUAAGUGCUGUCCAAGCCACAGUUGCUACAGCAACUCAUGGACAGGGUUCAAAACACGUUAGCUCUUCUCCAAGCAUUGAAAGUUUGUCUGGAGGACGGGAAUACACAGGGUCCCCACCUUUGUCAGCAGCCAAGAAAGAGUCUUUUUUCAGCACUAUUUCCCAUUCUCGCUCUCAAAGUAGAAGCAUGAGCAAAAAGGAGUCUGAAGAAGAACUGGAGACCCAAAUUUCAUUUCUCCAAGGACAACUGAAUGAAUUGGAGGCCAUGUGCAAGUACUGUGCAAAGAUGAUGAACACACAUCUGGGAAAUAUCCAGGAUGUCAUACUGCAGGAGCACUUGGAGAAAGAAGAUGAGAUUUUGGUUUCCCUGGCUGCAUUAAAGCAGAUCAAGGAUAUUCUGAAAGGUUCCCUGCGUUUCAAUCAGAGCCAGUUGGAGGCGGAGGAGAAUGAACAGAUCACAAUAGAAGAUGAUCAUUACUGUUCCAGCAAUCAGAGCAAGGGGGCAGGUGAUUCUGCUAAGGAGCUUUCUGUCACAAAGCAGCCCCUCCCGCCAGUGGAGAAGGAUGUUUCUGACACAAGCAGAAGCUCUGACAACAAGCACAGCGAUGACUAUAUCCUAGUUUCCAAGGAAGAGGAAGUAAAUGUUAGCAAUGCUCUUGAGCGUGUGCAGACUGUGCCACCAUGCAAGGAAGCAAUGACUAAGAGUGAGGUUCCAUCUCGCUCUUCUUUAGCCUUUUCAGACCCACUGAUGGGUUCCAUGUCUGCCUCUUCUAGCAACCUCAGUUCCAGCCCUGAUGAUGACAGCAGCAACAACAGCAAGGAUUCUGACUUUACUAUUGUGAGCCCCCUGGAAAUUUAAGUACAUCUUCAGAAAAAGUCUAUGAUGAGAGUUAUGACUUCUCAGCUCAUCUGCUGAUGGUUCCACAGGAUUUGUGGACUCUGAAUCAAGGGUGACUCCAGAUUCAUACAGCCUAAAUAUUCAGUCAAAGCCAGAUGUGGUAAAGGCUAUCCAUUGCAUUAUUUUAGAAGAGAAAAUUUUUAAAGUAGGUUGUCAUGAUUGCCUUUAAUACAUGUACAUCUUAAUAUCAAAGACCUACUGUAUGACUACAGGUACUUGCAAGUUUACUUUGAUUGUAGCAUCCUGGAAUAUUGAAGUAAUAAUUUGUAGUCCCUCAUCACGGGGCAACAGAUAACAUGUGAUCAGAUGAGGUUGACAGAUCUUGCCCAAAUAUGAGGAAAACAUACCAGAGGAAACCAGAUAGUACUACAUUAUUUCAUCUCAAGAAAGAGUAAGAUACUCCUUCUAAAAUAUGACAGAAAGCAAGUAAGGUACAUUUUUAAAGGGAUUCAGAUAAAUCUCCUGACCGUAAGACAAGUGCUGAGGCAAACUGAACUUACACAUGGUAGGAAAAACAGAUCAAUAUUAAUAUCAGGUAAACCAAAAGCAAUCUUGUAAGGUAAUAUGAAUUAAUUGUACAUCAAACUCCUUGAAGUACUUAAGGAGCCGCUCAGUACACGCUUGAUUCCCAGCAUUUUUACAGACAGCGAGUUUAAUUAUAGCCCAAAAUAUAUUAUGAUAGCUGUUUCAGGGCCACCAGAGUUUCCUCAGUCCUUACUGAAAGAGUUUCCUGUUGUGCUUUUGGUUUUUAAAUGCACACAAUCUCCACAGUAUUCCCACCAAGGGCAAUACAAUUCCCAGUACUUUUACUUUCAUUGAUGUCGCAUUUCACUGAAGAGCCAGUUUCUCUCAGUAUUGGGGCAGGCUAAAAUAUUUCAGGAAGCGGUUUAUUCUGUGACAAGGCAAAAUCCAAGGUGAAUUAAUAUUCCAGUAGUACCCAGCACUAAUUCAAACUGAAUAACACUUAACAGAGCGGUGCUAAUGCACCUUUCUAGUUCUUAGAAACUGUGUUCAAAGUAGUUUUUGCUCUGAGUAUCUCCCCGCCCCCACUGCUUAUGAGAAUAACCAGAUGAUAACUUCACUGAAGAGCAGCAAUUCUGAACUAUAUCAAGGCACACUCUCCCUUUGCAUUAGCUCUCCCUCUUUUCAGAGGCAGCAACAGUGCAAAACUGUAUAGCAAGCAUUGCCCUAGAUUAUGCUGACUGACUUCCCUGGCUCCAAGGAAAGAAUCUGGGUCUGUUGAAAAGGAGAUUAAUUGGCCCAAAUCGUUGCCCUGUUGAGAGCUUUCACCUUAUCAUGGAACUGGUGCCAAGCCGCAUAAAUUCGAAACUGCUUUUGGCUUGCAGGUUGGACACUGUAGAGCUAUGAGAGGAAAUGGGCCCUUAUAACACAUUGCAUUGCCUACCUCCUCAUUUUGGAAUAUAAAUAUACCUUGAGAAGAUUCCUCCAAGUCUAGUCAAGAGAAGGGGUCAAUGACUCCAUUUUGUCAGCCUCUAAAAAGACCUAAUUAGCAGUUUAAUUUGUUUUUCUGCCACACUCAGAAAUGACAGUCUCUCAUACAUGAAAUGGGUAGCACAUUAGGAAAGACUUUUUACCAAGGAUUUUGUACUUCAUUUUCUCCAGGCGCCUUGUUUGGGACCAGGGGGUGGGGGGUGGAAUUGUCUGUAUUAAUGCAGCCUUUUUUUUGAGCCCUGUUCUAUAGAAAAGAUGGCCACAAAAGGUACAAGUAAGGAGCUAGUGCUCCAUGGGUUUUUUUCUCAACUGAGCACACUCAGAAAAAACCAUAACAGUGUAAUGCAAUUGCAGGGUAAGUGAUAGGCCAUGAAGACGUUAAUGAUGAUUAAUAGUAAUUGUAACUUGCAUUAAGGAUACUUCUGCCCACCCAUCUGCAGCAUGAGUCAUGCUGAACCAAACUGCAGCCUGAUCCCACAGCACCAAAGAAUCUGUUUUCAAACAGCUCUCCUGAGAAUACAAUUCUAGUUUCUUCAUGCACAGUAUUGACUGCUGCAGAUCAGGUGGUAUUUUGGUGGGAGGGAGAGAGAGGAAUAAGCAGUGUAAAAUCCGUAAUAGCACUCUGCCAUGAAGAAAAUGGAACAAUGUGUUUGGUGAAUUGGCUCUCCCAGAACUAAGUGGUGUUCUCAGAAUUCAAUUGGGGCUGAAAUGCCAUGGUUCUUUUUUGUUAGUUUUGAAUCCAUUAAUGUCCUGGGCAAAAGACAGAUAAUUGCUAUUGCAUGAUGGCAGGUUCAGGAUGACAUAUUCAGACACAGCUGAAUUAAUUCUUCAAUCAAAAAUGCCCCUGUCCCUUGCAAAAGUGAAAGUAACACUGAGGUGUUUUGCAUACAGCUAAACCAAGUGCCCAGUUUAUAUUAUGUGUAGAACUGUUGAUUGGCUAUGGAACUGGUUGCAAGAAUUAAACAUGCUGUGGUUAUGCAAUAUUUCUGUGCUGGCUUAAACCUGGCAUUCCCCCUCAUUUGAACUUUCACAGUAAAACCACCUCAGGAUGCUGCCUUAUAGUCUGUAUACAGUACUAUUUAAUUUCCUUGACUCUUUAAGAAUGACAAGAGAGAGGAUUACAUGGCUGAUGAUUAAUUUUGAUCUUUUAAACUGUUACUAAACGUAUUCCUUUCUGCCUAGAUUUAUUGCUACGAUGGCACAGGGACAAAUGCCAUUAGGAGCAGAUUGCUAUUUAAAAGUGCAGAUCAUAUUUCAUGAGAUUUUUUUUGGGGGGGGGGGGGAGGAUUAUUGAAUAUGUUUUGUCUUUUUUUGUAUGUUUGACUUUUUGCUGAAUACUGAUUUCAGGGAUUUUUUUGCCACAACACUCUCAGUGCCAUAGAACAAUGCAAUUUCUAUAGAAAAAUAGAUUUUUUCUAUUCAUUAAUAUUGUAUGUUUGAAAUACAGCUGAUUUUUUUUUUAAUCUUGAGGGGAUCUUUUUUCACAAUUUGGUAUAAUUAGCAUAUCUUUACUUUCUCGAUGCCUGUAUCCGAGUGCUUUAAAGUGAUGGAGACAAAGGAAACCUUAGUAAGUCCAUUAGAGGAGUCCAUUUUGGUGUUAUCAUGUCCCACUGUGUCUCAAAAUUUCAGUUAGACCGAAGUUUGCUGUUUGAUAGUACUGGAAGUGUUUGGCUUUUGUAUACAUAUAGUAAAACCCCAUUGCCUCCAUUAGGUUUAUACUAGGAGGGCAGUUUCUACUUUAAGAUUCCAGUUUAUUCUCGCUUCUAAAGGUAACCUGCUGAUAUUGUUCAUGGAUAAUAUUAAUCUGAUAGAAAAUAAUACACGGCAUAAACUGCUGAUUAGUGCUAAUGUAUGGGACAUUGUUCUACCUGUUAGAGGAGCAUUGGAUUCUUUUUACACUUUUUGCAUCUAUACCAUCUAUGAUUGUUUCAAGUCUUUUGCAUGUAAUGUUGAUCACGUUACUGCAGAAUGCUGAUGACCAAGUAUUGACUGUGUGCUCUUGUAGCUUUGGAGAUGCUUAUCUUUCCUCUAGAAGAAUAUCCGGCUUCUUUUAUUAAAGAAAGAACAUGCAAACUA